UUCCCAUGUCUCAAGAACUCCCUCGUCAGCCUUGCUGUCUUUUCUGUGUGCAGGGUGUUCGGGUUGCGGAACUCGGGACCUUUGCUGUUGUGCAAGAGCAAGUCCUUGUCAAACAAGAGCUGCUCUUGGUUAAAAGACCGGUCUUCCAGCUGGACAUCGAUGAGUUGUGGCUGGAGGAGAUCUACUGUCCCACUGAGAUCCUCCCUGAUGAUGUCAAGAUUGAGCCGCUGAACUACGUGAAGCUAUCGCAAGCCACCUCCUUCCCACUGCACGUGGUGAAGAACUGUGUGCAAGAGACCAUCCUCUUGUACUGUUUCCUCCUGAGGAACAAGGAGCACGUCCCCUUUGCCUUCAGGGACAUUGGUGUUUUGACGUGCAAAGAUGGUGUCCUGUGCAUGAAGUUUUACCUGGACUGUGUUGAACGUCUGGAGAGCACUGCGGGCCUGUUUGCACUGCUCCAGAGCAAAAUGUGGCCGGCACAUCUGAGUGUCUUCAGUGGAGAGACCACUGCUCGUGGGAUCCAGAUGUUCCCAAGGUGAGUGCAUUUCCUCCGCAGCCCUUGGCUGAGCCAGCGGGAGGCUUCCCACCUCCUACUUUGGAACGUGCGCGGUUGGGUCUCCACGCUCAGCAUCCAGUCAGGGCUAAAUCCUGAAGAGACUGGUUCCUGCUUAACUAAUGCUGAGUUUCGGCUACGAGUGUCUUCACCUGGAAAGAAGGGGCAUUGUGGCUGUGUUUCUUGUGCCCAUGCUGC